AUGGCUUUUUCCCUAUCACAAAACUUAAUCCAAUUAUCUCUACCAAUUUCUCAAGGUGCUGAAGCUGCAAUCUACAAAGCCCAGUUAAACCCAGACUCCCCACCAAUACUAUUGAAAUAUCGUUUCCAAAAGAAUUACAGGCACCCAACCCUGGAUGCCAAUCUUACUCGUUCUCGCAUUGCGGGAGAAGCGAGAGCGCUUCUAAAAUGCUUGCGUUCAAGCGUCAAUGUUCCUGGAAUACGGAUGGUAGAUGCAGCCGAGGGUGUACUCGGGAUUGAGUGGAUUGAGGGCCAGAGCGUCAGGAAAUUACUUCCUGGAGGUGCCGAGGACGACGGGCCCGAUAAUGUCGAAAGCCCUGAUGUGGAGGACUUAGAUCCUUUGACAGAGUAUGGCGUAUCCGUCGACGAAGUGAUGAACCUCAUCGGUAAUGAAAUUGCUAAAAUGCAUCGUGUUGAUGUUAUUCAUGGAGAUCUAACAACAUCCAACAUGAUGCUGCGGCAUCCCAAGUCUUUCGUACCAUUCAAUCCUAACAUCACGACGGAAUUGGUUCUUAUAGACUUUGGACUUUCAUAUCAAUCCACUCUAACCGAAGACAAAGCCGUCGAUCUCUACGUCCUCGAACGAGCGUUUUCGUCUACUCAUCCGGACUCCGAACCGAUGUUUGCGAAGGUGUUGACUGCGUAUGCUGAGACGAUAGGAAAGGAUUGGGUUGCGAUCAAGAAUAGGUUGGAUGAUGUUCGUCUCCGUGGACGAAAACGCAGCAUGGUAGGAUAA